AUGGAUAAAAGCUGGAUGUACGAGAGAAACAAGUUGAGUCCUAAAUUCUUAAAAGGGGUUCAAUCGUUUAUUCAGAUGGCAUCUAAUUAUAUGGCGGAGAAAAACAUGGAUAAAUGUUUAUGUCCAUGUGCAAAUUGUAUAAACGCAAACGGUCAUGUUUCAUUGAAUUUUGUCGAAAGCCAUCUAUAUAAAUAUGGAAUGGCAGGAAGUUACACGAUAUGGAUACAUCAUGGAGAAGUUGAUCCUUAUUCCCAAAAUCAGCCUAAUCCAAGUUCCGCCAACGUUGAUAUUGAUGAUGAUGAUGAUGAUUAUGAGGACGACGAUGAAAUAGUUGAAAUGAUACACACACAAAUCGAAUCGAGACGGUUGGAUAGUCAAGGAGAAGGAAUGGAUACUGGUCGUGAUGAUAAGGGUGAAGUAGAUUUUGGAGAGUUUGCUGAGUUAUUAAGUGAAGCCAAAGAAGAAUUGUAUCCUGGCUGCACAGAUUUUUCGUCAUUGACGUUCCUUAUAAAGUUGAUGCAUAUCAAGGUACUAAAUCACAUGAGUAACAAGUGCUUUGAAAUGCUCCUCCAACUGCUGAAACUAGCUUUUCCAAAAACCAAUAGGAUUCCGAAGUCAUACUAUGAUGCCAAGAAGAUGCUUCGUGACUUGGGAUUGGGUUAUGAAUCAAUCCAUGCAUGCAAAAAUGAUUGUGCACUCUUUUGGAAAGAGCACAGUGAAAGAGUUGAUUGUCCUGUUUGUCAUGAGUCUAGGUACAAAAUUGACGAUGGGAAAGGCAAGAAAAUCCCGCACAAGAUAUUGCGAUAUUUUCCAUUAAAACCUAGAUUACAAAGGUUAUUUUCAUCAAAACACACAGCUAAAGAUAUGCGAUGGCACAAAGACAAGUAUGACCAGAAAGAAGGCGUUUUGAAGCAUCCUGCUGAUGGGGAAGCUUGGAAAGAUUUUGAUAAUCGGUAUCCAUCGUUUGCACAAGAUCCACGUAACGUUCGAAUUGGUUUGGCCACCGAUGGAUUUAAUCCUUUUGGAAACAUGAGCAACUCAUACAGCAUGUGGCCGGUGAUACUUAUACCUUAUAAUCUACCUCCUUGGAAAUGCAUGAAGGAGCCUUUUUUCAUGAUGUCAUUACUUAUUCCUGGCCCACAAGCACCUGGCAGAGAUAUUGAUGUAUAUUUGCGUCCUUUGAUUGAUGAACUGAAAGAAUUGUGGGAUACUGGUGUGGAAACUUAUGAUGCCUCAAGUGAAAAAAGUUUUCGUAUGCAUGCAGCUGUGUUGUGGACCAUUAAUGACUUUCCAGCAUAUGCCAAUUUGUCUGGAUGGAGUACAAAAGGGUAUUUAGCUUGUCCUGUUUGCAAUGAAGAUGCACCAUCAAUUAAAUUGAGGAGCAAGAUAUGUUAUAUGGGCCAUCGUCGAUACCUGUCCCCUGAUCAUAAGUGGAGACAGAGUUAUCUUCAUAAUGGAAAACACGAUUAUCGGUCUCCACCUAAGAAGUUUACAGGAGAUGAACUUUUGUCCCAGAUGAACAAUAUUAGGAAUACCAAUCCGGGAAAGCAUCCGGAUAUAUAUGACAAGAAUCGUAAGCGUUGUCCUGAUGAAUUAAACUGGGUAAAGAAGAGCAUAUUCUACGAGCUUCCAUAUUGGAAAGAUCAUUUAAUCAGACAUAAGCUUGAUGUGAUGCAUAUUGAGAAAAAUAUAUGUGAUAACAUUGUGGGAACAUUGAUGAACAUUGAAGGAAAAAAAAAAGAUACAAUGAAAGCUCAUUUAGAUUUGGAAGACAUGAACAUAAAGAAAGAGCUGCAUCUUAAACGCGUAGGAAACAAAUUCAUAAAACGUCCUGCGUGUUAUACUUUGUCACCAUAUCAAAGGAGAGAUUUUUCUAAAUUCCUAAAAUCGGUGAAGUUUCCAGAUGGUUAUGCCGCUAACAUAUCAAGGAGUGUUAACGUUAAUGAAGGAAAGAUAUCCGGUCUCAAAAGUCAUGAUUGUCAUGUUUUAUUACAAAGGCUACUCCCUGUCGGGAUUCGACCUUACCUGAAAAAAGAUUUAUGCACUCCCUUGAUUGAGUUGUGCAAUUUCUUUCAUGAUUUGUGUGCAAAGACAUUGACUGUAGCUCACUUGGAUGAACUCUAA